AUACUUGGGGGCCAAUCACAACACUGCUUGAUGUUUGAGAUGCGCCAUGCAGUCUGACUAAUCUAUUUUCAACUCUUGCAACCGCAACUACGGACCGACGACGCAAGGCGACACAAGUGCAAUUGAUAAUUAUUCAAAACGAAUUCAAGUGGACUGGCCUCUGUGUCGCUUGACAGCUUCUAGAAACUUUGGAGGGACAUUUUUCUAAAUUGGUGGUAACACAAGACCACGGAACGCUUGCACGGGUUUUUGAGUAUUCUUGACCACUGCAGGCUAAUCAAAAUAUACAUGUAAUUUAUUGUACUGCCACCCUCUCUUAAAAAAAACACGUGACAACUGCAAUCACUGCAUUCCUGCGAGUCCAGGUUUAGGAAUUGUCACACAUUUGCAAGUAUCGGCUACCUUGUUUCAGUCGAUCCUGGGACAAACGCGGUGUGGCUGGAUGUUGCAGGCGGUGGGUCAGUGAGCGCGAGGACCAAGUACCUCUACGAAUUCCCCAACUCCCGACCUAUCUUACCUGAUGCCGUGCAUGAUGAUUGUCCUUGGAAUACUUUUGAAUGUCCUCAGUCAUGGCAGCGUGCUGUCAGGCUCCAUAGACUGUCAGGAGGCUGAGCGAGGCUGUGUACAGGAUCAGGACUGUACGGCAGUGUACAGGGUGCUGGAGUACUGUGCUGCUGAGGAGGCCGUGUCGCCCCUGGGCCCAGACGCCCGGGGGGAGUGUCUGGAGGCCCAGAGCGCCCUGCAGCAGUACCGCCCCCUCCAGGCCUGCAAGUGCCAGCGUGGCUCCCGCCGGGAGGAGCUGUGCCUCAGGGUCUACUGGACCGUCAGAUUCGCUGUGUAUAAUGAGUACGAGGUGUCUCCGUAUGAAGAUCUGGAGGUGGAGUUUGUGAGGCACAUAGAGAUGUCACGCAUGGCCUCCAUCAUGGCAGCCUCCUCUUUUCCUCUGGAUGGGCAGAACCAGUGUCUGAAAGCAGCCCAGGACUGUGGUCUGUAUGAGAAGUGUGGUUCUCUGAGGUCGGAGUAUGUUGUAGCCUGCACCAAGCGGGCUCCGGGCUCCGACGGCAGCUGUAACAGACAGAAGUGCCACCGGGCACUGCGGCGCUUCCUGGAGCGGGUACCAGAGGAGUACAGCUUCGCCCUGCUAUUCUGUCCCUGCUCUGAUGCCCUCUGUGGGGAGCGCCGGCGGAAGACCAUCGUACCGUCGUGUUCCUAUGAGGAGAGAGACAGCAAACCCAACUGCCUCAGCCUGCAGGGCUACUGUGCCAGGGAUGAGCUUUGUAGAUCUCGUCUGGCUGAUUUCCAGCACAACUGCCAGCCCUCGUCACAUUCUCCCUCUGGCUGCAUGAGAGAGAGUGGAGCCGUCUGCCUUAAGGCCUACGCCGGGCUCAUAGGCACCAUCAUGACCCCCAACUAUGCCAACAAUCUUAGUAUGGACGUGUCCCAGUGGUGCACCUGUGAGGGAAGUGGGAACCAAUGGCAGGACUGUCUGCGCAUCAUGAACAUGUUCCACAGAAACGUCUGUCUGCGUAAUGCUAUCAGUUAUUUAGGUGGCGCUUCCCCUCGCCCUGUGGAGAGCACCACCCUGCCCCCUCGUCACCACGCAUCAGCCACUCCCUCUCCACACAUCUUUCAGGACAAGGACAAGAUCAAUGUCAACGUCAACAUUUUAUCAGAACGCAACAGUGUGGAGGACAGCGACGAAGAGGAGGUAGAGGAGGAAAGCCAGGAAUUCAAUGUUAUCCCACUGUAUUCUGAGAAAGAGAAGUCUAGUGUGGGCUCCGGGACCCGAGGAGGCCGUAGAGGAGCGGCAAGCCAGACAGCACCCAUGCUGCCCCUGCUGCUGCUGCCUGCUGCUAUGCUGGGCUGGUGGUGUCCGGUAUAACCAGCCCCCCUACUACCCCUCUUACGAUCAGCUACAGUAUCACAUUCACUGGGUCACCUCCACCAUGGCACUGAGACUGAUGAGGAGACUUAAGGCUGAGGGAAGAACAACCACAAUGAGGAAAUGGACAUUUACACCUUUCUAUUAUGGCACUCUGUCUUACAUGCAUUUCAUGCUUUCUGUUUUCCUUUGUUACUUUCCAUCAUUAUUUUUCUGCAAUCUCUAUCUCUCCUGCUCCGACUGCUCAUGGUCUUUAGUAGUCCUAGCUGCCCAUCUCUUAGCUCUUCUCUCUCACAUCAGUACACAUGGAGUUGAACAAGCUGUGCAGAUAAAUAAAUAAAUGGAUGAAUUAAUAAGGUCUGUCUGGAGGAAUCGAUGUGGCUGUCUGUCCAGUGCCUGCCUCAAGAUUGGGCAUCCAGCUCCACUCUCCCUCUUCAUGAGGAACCCACAUCGCCCAAGGCCAGUAACAACACCUAUCUCAAAGAAAACAUGACCAGUGAUUGGUGGAACCAUGAUAGUUAAUUCCUUUUGAUAUAUCUUGAUAUAUCUUCAUAUCUUCUCUCUCCUUUGUUAUCUUCCCUUAUUUUAUUUCAUCAUGCUAUGUUCCCUUGGAUAGCAGGGUUGUUGGGUAAGCCACUUUGUCUAUGUUGUCUUUGCCAUAAGCCAAUAACUAAAGAAAACAUAGAUUGAGGGAUGAUGUUGUUUUCUCUAUGUUGCUCCCUUUGUUUGCUUCCUUCUUCAUCACUUCAGACUAGAUGCCACUGGUCCGUUGUUUCCCCUCUCUAGUUCAUACACCACUUAUUCUUCGCUUAGUUGAGGUCUGAAAAUUCCACCACGGGCACAAUGAGACAAAAUUCUACUAAUGACAAUGGUCGAGGAAAGCGGAAUAAGCAAUAAAACAUGAAAUCAGAUAGCUCAGCGGGCAGGUGCUGAGGCCGUCUGGGUUUGGGCUCAGGGGAGAGAGGAACCAAUUUACUGCUGUCUGAGGUUCACAAAUGCUUUCUGUCCCUAGGUGUUGUUAUAGUUUUGGAGAGACAAUAUCACACUUAGCCAUGCUUUUCCUGACUGUGUUUGAUCAGGGAGAAAGUGGGGAGAUGGGGUACUAUAGAGCCUCUGGCAACUCUGACCAUUGAGCAUCACAUUGAGCCUUUCUCUCUCUCUCUCUCUCUCUCUGCCUGAUAAAUCUUUUGCUGAUGUCAAUGAUUUUUUUUCUUGCAUCACUAAUUUUCUUGUGAACAUGGAGAAUUAGCUCCCACCUGAGUGGAAGUAGGUAAAAUACUGUUGGUAAAGGGGGACCUACUUUACUGUGGAAUUGUGAACGUGACGUUUAUUUAUCGACAUCUUUCCCUUCUUGAGGGAGAUGUUAGAUAAGACUCAUGUUCUCACAGAUAAUACAUGAUGCUUAAAAGAGAUAAAUAUUUACUGGGCAUAUCAGUGCUACAGAUGUCUCUGCCAGCAGCAUACCACCCUGCAUCCCACUGCUGGCAUGCCUCUGAAGCUAAGCACGGUUGGUCCUGGAUGGGAGACAAGAUACUGCUGGAAGAGGUGUUGAAGUACCAGUAGGAGGUGCUCUUCCCUCUAAGGAGACCCCAUGGCUGUGAAGGGGACACUGCCCUGCAUAUGGUGCUGUCUUUUGGAUGGGACUUUAAAACGUCCUGAUUCUCUGUGGUCAAUAAAGAUCCCAUGGCACUUAUUAUAAGAGGAGGGGUGUGACCCUGGUCUCCUGGCUAAAUUCCCAAUGUCAUGCCAUCAAAUCAAAUUGUAUUUGUCACAUGUGCCGAAUAUAACCUUACAGUGAAAUGCUUACUUACAAGCCCAUAACCAGCAAUGCAGUUUUAAUAAAAAUAGGUGUUAAGUAAAAAUGAGAUGAGUAAAAAAUAAGAAAUACAAGUAACAAAUAAGUUAAAGUGUUAAAGUGACUAUGUAUAGAUAAUAAACAGAGAGUAACAGCAGCGUAAAAGAGGGGUCUGGGUAGCCAUUUCAUUAGCUGUUCAGGAGUCUUAUGGCUUGGGGGUAGAAGCUGUUGAGAAGCCUUUUGGACCUAGACUUGACACUCCGGUACUGCUUGCUGUGUGGUAGCAGAGAGAACAGUCUAUGACUAGGGCGGCUGGAAUUUUUGACCAUUUUUAGGGCCUUUCUCUGACACUGCCUGGUAUACAUGUAGAGGUCCUGGAUGGCAGGAAGCUUGGCCACAGUGAUGUACUGGGCCGUAAGCACUACCCUCUUUGGUGCCUUGCAGACAGAGGCCAAGCAGUUGCCAUACCAGGCAGUGAUGCAACCAGUCAGGAUGCUCUCGAUGGUGCAGCUGUAGAACCUUUUGAGGAUCUGAGGACCCAUGCCAAAUCUUUUCAGUCUCCUGAGGGGGAUUAGGUUUUGUAGUGCCCUCUUCACGACUGUCUUGGUGUGCGUGGACCAUCAUAGUUUGUUAGUGAUGUGGACUCCAAGAAACUUGAAGCUCUCAACCUGCUUCACUACAGCCCCGUCGAUGAGAAUGGGGGCGUGAUCGUUCCUCCUUUUCCUGUAGUCCACAAUCCUCUCCUUUGUCUUGAUCACGUUGAGGGAGAGGUUGUUGUCCUGGCACCACACAGCCAGGUCUCUGACCUCCUCCCUAUAGGCUGUCUCAUCGUUAUCUGUCAUCAGGCCUACCACUGUUGUGUCAUUAGCAAACUUAAUGAUGGUGUUGGAGUUGUGCCUGGCCGUGCAGUCAUGAGUGAACAGGAAGUACAGGAGGCGACUGAGCACGCACCCCUGAGGGGCCCCCGUGUUGAGGAUCAGCGUGGCGGACGUGUUGUUACCUACCCUUACCACCAGGGGGCGGCCCGUCAGGAAGUCCAGGAACCAGUUGCAGAGGGAGAUGUUUAUUCCCAGGAUCCUAAGAUUAGUGAUGAGCUUUGAGGGCACUAUGGUGUUGAACGCUGAUCUGUAGUCAAUGAAUAGCAUUCUCACAUAGGUGUUCCUUUUGUCCAGGUGGGAAAGGGCAGUAAUGGAGUGCAAUAGAGAUUGCAUCAUCUGUUGGGGCGGUAUGCAAAUUGGAGUGGGUCUAGGGUCACUGGGAAAAUGCUUUUGUGAGCCUUGACCACCCUUUCAAAGCACUUCAUGGCUACAGACGUGGGUGCUACAGGUCUGUAGUCAUUUAGGCAGGUUACCUUAGUGUUCUUUGGCACAAGGACUAUGGUGGUCUGCUUGAAACAUGUUGGUAUUACAGACUCAGACAGGGACAGGUUGAAAAUGUCAUUGAAGACACUUGCCAGUUGGUCAGCGCAUGCUCGGGAGUACACGUCCUGUUAAUCCAUCUGGCCCUGCACCCUUGUGAAUGUUGACCUGUUUAAAGGUCUUACUCACAUCGGCUACGGAGAGCCACAUUACCUGGUAAAAUAAGGGUCAAUAAAUAAAUAAUUGCAUCAUCUGCCACCAGUGUCUAAGAAUGGAUGGGACCAGGGUGAGGGGAGUAGCUGUGACUUCAUUCUGAGUGUUAAUUAAGCAGGCAAGAUGGCAUAAGUGGAGCUCAACACCCUCUCCAAUCUGGACAGUGACGUUCAUGAUGACUGUUGUUGUUUUUUAAUAGGCAGUCAUUUCUCACUGCUUGGCAAUGGAUCAUUAUGCUAGUGAUCGUCAAAGUGAGUGACAGCACCAGAGAGGAUAUGAGAGCGGCAAGCCUUGAUUUACACACUGAAACAUCCUAAGUAAAUAUGAGCAUAAGCCAUACAAGCAAACAGCAAGAGUUAUCGAGCGUGCCAACUCUGAAUUUUUAAUGUUUGUACAGCUGUACACAUAUUUCCCUCCCCGGCCCAAAUGCUUUUAAUAAUAUCCAAAGAUGUCUGAUUUUGCGUUCUAUUAUCAUACCCAAUGCAGAGUUGAUAUAGUUUUUUCGUACUAAAAUAAAUCCACGGAUAAAGGGAGAGGUAGGGAGGGAGGGAAUGAGAAAGUGAGAGUGGGGGAUUUGGGAGAAUGACCGACAUAGAUGCAGAGAGACUUAGAGAGAGAGAGAAAGACGGCAAUGGCUUCUAAGGCUCUCAGUAGCAUUAGUGUUGUCGUCAAGCCUCUGAGAUGUAUUUUGGUGCCUGUGGCUACGAGGUGAGUGUCUGUUCCACUGCACUACCUCUGUGCUUUAAUGUGCCUUCACCUCAGUUUCUCCUCACAGACAGACAGCGCCACUCUCCCAUACAUACUGUACAUUCCCAUCACUGUCUGUCCUCAGGUCCAUGUUACGAUCAACUGCUACCCCUCACAGACAACAUGCCUCUACAUCUACUACUACUUCUGCCCAUCUUUUCCUUUCAUGUGGAAACAACAAACACUGCACCAUCAAAUACGUGCAAAGAUUGCCUUGGUUAUUGUUGCUAUGUAUACUUUAAACCAAAAAUGUAUAUACAUUUGUGUGGUUUUGUUUUCUCUUGUUGUCGUUAUAAUCCUUGAGAUUGGACUGUGUCAUAUAGGGUUGUGUCUUCCCUGUUACAUCCCAUAUUGGAUCUUAUGUAAUUCCUCUUGUAACUGUUUAUAUGCACUGAUUACGGUGAAGCGUCAGUCAGUCUCAGUCUCUGUGUCUGUAACAGUGUAACCCUGUUGUUCUGCAGUGUUCUGUUUGUGUUGCUGGCGUUGGCACAGGUAUAAAACAGGAAUGACAGCACCUCUAUAGCUUGACCUUGAUGUCCAUGUUGAUGGUCAUUUUAAGUCGAGUAUAUGAUGAUCAUCAUGUUCCACAUUAGAAUCAAACUGCUCAUUUACUCAGCCAAUGCCACCAAGCCCAUCUCAGUCGUGUGAAAUAGGAUUAGCGGUCUGAAUCUCACCACUCCUGAGAGUUGUUGCACUCUGUGGAAACCGUGUAAGACCACUUCUUGAACGUGAUCCUCAGUUGGCAGGCUGGUGAAUACAUUCAACUUGAGCAGUUGCCUGCCUCUCUGCCAGCCUUCUAGAACAGUUUUGGGCUCUGUCCAUUAGUAUCAAAAUGGUUGACAUUUAGAAAAUGGACCCGUUAUUUAUGGCUGAGGCCAGUGAAAGACUUAGAAAUGAUAAAUGUAACAUAGUAAAGCGCAUUGCACUGAAGUGCCUAUGAAUACUUCAGUUGGAGCGAGGAACGAAGGACUCUAGGUGGUCUGAGUUGAACAUGAAACAGCCACUGGAUUAGCAGAAACAAUAAUCCUUGUUUUAAUAAUGAGUUUUUCUAGAACUUCAGAGAGUUCAGGAAUGCCAAAAUGUCCCAGCCAUCAGCGCUGUUUUAAGCCACACAGUGCACUGCUCAUCCCUACCUGUGUCACCAUCCAUCCACCUCCUUGGCCAUGAGUUCAGUCUGGCCCGAUUCCUAGCUGGUGAAAUGGGUUUACAAUCAGGUGUGAUCUCUGUGUGGUUCUUCAUUAAGAGUGAGAAAUGUACAAUGCUGUGUGAAAAACAACUACACAAAAUAAUAAAAAAAUCAUCAACUAA